UUAGGAUGUAGUCUGUAAACCUUAAAGAAGAAGAAGAAACCCAUGGACGACAGUGUCAAGUUAAAUGUUUCUUCAAAAUGUCGAAACCACGGUUGUUGACUGUGUUUAUAGCCAAGCGAUUAAUAUCGGCAGCCGUUAACAUAUUUGGGAUAGAGGAAAGGUGGAUAGCCCAGUACCAGGAGCCACUAGCAGCAGUGACUGUUGAGAUAAUGGCGGCGGUGGAAACGACGAUUGAACAAGAGCUCUCUCGUUCAAAGGAGGAGAUUGAACGUCUACGGAGGCUUCUUCUGGAGUUGGGAGCAGACCCCCAGCAGCUAACUGUCCCUGAAGAGGAGGUUCCCCCUGAGGAGCAGCACUGUGAGCAGGAGUGGAGCCCCAGUCUGGGGGAGCAGGACCCAGAGCCCACACAGAUUAAAGAGGAACAGGAGGAACUCAGGACGAGUCAGGAGGAAGAGCAGCUUCACAGACUUGAGUCUGAUUCCACAGAUGUUGUAGAGUUCAUAUUUCUUGCUCCUCGCUGUGUGGAAAAGUACUCUGAUCAGGACAGAGAGAGGUACACUCUACCCAUCAACACAACUGAACAGAUCCAAACAGAACCUAAUGGAGAGGACUACAGAGUAUCAGAACCAACCAGUGACUCUCUGUUCCUCUCUGCAGUAAAUCCAGACUGUUCUGCAGCUCACAGUGAAAUCAUUGUAAGUGUGGAUGAGGAUGAGAGCGAGGAACCUGUGUUAAAGACCCUCAAAUCAAGGAGGACACAGGCAGAGAAACGACAACGCUCUCAAGUCUUCACUGAGGCCAAGACAACCAGUGAGCUGAAAGAACCACUGAAGUCUAACACAAAUAAGAAGCCAUUCAAAUGUCCUGUGUGCAGUAAACGCUAUAGGACACUAGGCGGGUUAAAAACACAUCAGAGAAUUCACUCAACUAAAAAUAAUCAUCACUGCAAGAAAUGUGGCAAAUCAUUUAACUUGUUGCAGCAGUGGAAGAACCAUAUGCAGACUCACACAGAGGAGGAAUCACCUACAUGUCAUGUGUGCAGUAAAAGUUUUAAACUACCAAACCAUCUGCAAACUCAUAUGAGGUGCCACACCGUAGAGAAAUCCAGUCAGUGUCCAACAUGUGAAAAACACUUUAAAUCAGCGAAAGACCUAGAGAUUCACCAGAGAAUUCACACUGGAGAGAAAUCGUAUCCGUGUCCGACAUGUGAAAAAUGCUUUACAUUAGCAAAAGAUCUAAAGAAACAUCAGAGAAUUCACAUUGAAGAUCAACUAUACCAGUGUCCAACGUGUGCAAAAUGCUUUAAGUCAAAGUACAAUCUUAAACACCACAAGAAAAUUCACACCGAAGAGAAAUUGUAUAGCUGCAAUGAUUGUGUCAAGUGCUACAGGACCAAGACAGGCUUAGAAGAGCAUGUGAGGACUCACACAGGAGAGAAACCUUUUAAGUGUUCUGUGUGUGAAAAGUGCUUUACUUCAACAACCAUUCUAAGACGCCAUGAGAGAACUCACAGUGGAGAGAAACCACAUGGAUGCACACAAUGCAACAAAUGCUUCCCUGUCAAAUCAGACCUGGUUAAACACAUGAGAACUCACACAGGGGAGAAACCUUUUAGCUGUAAAGAAUGUGACAAAUGUUUCAGUCAUAACAUUAGCCUGAGACUGCACAUGAGAACUCACACAGGGGUGAAACCAUACAGCUGCAAAGAAUGUGGCAAAUGUUUUUCUGUUAACAGUAACCUGAGAAUGCACAUGAAAAUUCACACAGGAGAGAAAUCGUUUUGUUGCCAAGAAUGUGGUAAAUGUUUCCGUCAUAAAAUUAGCCUGAGACUGCAUAUGAUGACUCACAGUGGUGGAGAGAAUCUUCAUGGAUGUACUCAAUGCAACAAACGUUUUCCCAUCAAAUCUCUCCUGGUUAAACACAUGAUAACGCACACAGGGGAGAAAUCUAAUAGCUGCAAAGAAUGUAGCAAAUGUUUCCUUCAUAACAUUAGCCUGAGACUGCACAUGAGAAUACACACAGGGGAGAAAUCAUAUACCUGCAAAGCAUGUGGCAAAUGUUUCCAAAACAUGAUGGUUCUGACGAGGCAUAUGAGAACUCACACAGGAGAGAAUCCAUAUAAAUGUCCUCUUUGUGUCAGUUCCCUUAUGUCAUCAAAUGAACUAAAACAUAUUAACUUGGGAGAGAAACCAGAGACCGACCAACCAGAGAAUCCAUCGUGCCUCUGCAGCGAUUGUGGCAAAUGCUUCCCAACUAUGAAAACCCUGAGAGACCAUAUGAGGACCACACAUGAAGAAAGAAGGCAUCAGUGCUCUGUUUGUGGAGAUGUUUUUAUGUCAUUGGGUUCUCUUAAAGUUCACCAGAGAGUUCACACUGGAGAGAAACCCCACCAGUGUUCUGUUUGUGGGAAAUAUUUUGCAUUGUAGUGAUGGGAAGUUUGGCUCUUUUUACAGACUCUGAUCUUUUGACUCGUUUAAAUCAAAAUAACUAAUCUUUUGCCAAAUUUCUUUCGAGUCAGUAAUGCCCAGAGCAUGCAGGACCCACUCCCGGUGAAUGAUGAAAUGAUUCUACAAGUCUCUCGUUCACUAUAAGGGGCUUAUUGGAGCUGUCAUUUGUAAAAGUGGCUUUAAGCAAUGUACAUUUGUGAUUGCCAUACAUACAAAUUAUAUUAUUUAUUGAUGCCUUGUAAAAGGAGGUCUAGGUACGGCCUGACUAGGAAGGAGGACUAGGUACGGCCUGACUAGGAAGGAGGACUAGGUACGGCCUGACCAGGAAGGAGGUCUAGGUACGGCCUGACUAGGAAGGAGGACUAGGUACGGCCUGACUAGGAAGGAGGACUAGGUACGGCCUGACUAGGUACGGCCUGACUAGGAAGGAGGUCUAGGUACGGCCUGACUAGGAAGGAGGACUAGGUACGGCCUGACUAGGAAGGAGGACUAG